AUGUCAAAAUAUGUUUUAAUUAUGGAUGAAGUUGAUGGUGUAUCUGGUAAUGAAGAUCGUGGUGGUAUACAAGAAUUAAUAUCACUUAUAAAACGAUCACGUAUACCAAUUAUAUGUAUAUGUAAUGAUCGACAACAUAAAAAAAUUCGUUCAUUAGCUAAUUAUUGUUAUGAUUUACGUUUUCAUCGUCCAACGAUUCAACAAAUUCAUGCUGCAAUGUUAACUAUACUUCAACGAGAAAAUGUUUCAAAUAUAAAACCUGAAACUUUAGAUGAAAUUAUAAAAUCAUGUAAUCAAGAUAUUCGUCAAACAAUUCAUUCAUUAAAUCUUUGGUCUAUUCAAGGUGGUAAAACAAAUUUAUUAGCUGCAAAAAUGAUUGAAAAAUCUGUCAAUAAUAAUCCAUUUGAAUUAUGUCGUUUAUCAUUUUCAUCUGAAUUACGUAAUAAAUCAAUAAUAGAUAAAAGUGAUAUAUUCUUUUAUGAUUAUCAAUUAAUGCCAUUAUUAAUUCAAGAAAAUUAUUUACAAUGUCAACCACAUGUCACAAAUUCAUCUAAUGAGAAAAGAAAAUUAACUGAUAUUGAACAUUUAAAAUUAAUUUCACAAGCUUCUGAUAGUAUAUGUUUAGGUGAUAUUUGUUCACAAAUGAUUUUUAGUAGAAACGAAAAUUGGUCUUUAUUACCUUAUCAAGUAAUAUAUAUAAGAAAAAUAGUCAAAUUAAGUGAGCUUCGAAUUUGAAGUUUACGAGUUUCUAGUUUUUAGACAAAUUGUAGCUUGUAAUUAGUGGCGGCGCCAAGGAUGGGCUCAGCCCACCCUAGUUAGACAUCCACCGGUUCUAUAAAGUCGAUAAAAAAGAUGAAUAAUUUUUGCUAUAUAAAAUACCCAGUCCUCUAAGUCAUUUAAACUCACUAUCGAUCAGGCUAUACAAUGCUCUUGUUAAACUUUGAAGAAUUAGUCGAGAAGAAAAAAGCACUGGGGGUGACUGGUAAAAAAACCAAAAAUAUUCCGAUUUUUUAUCAGUCACCCCCAGUCCUUUUUUCUUCUCGACUAAUUCUUCAAAGUUUAACAAUAGCAUUGUAUAGCCUGAUCGAUAGUGGGUUUAAAUGAAUUAGAGGACUGGUAAAGACUGGGUGUUUUAUAUAGCAAAAAUUAUUCAUCUUUUUUAUCGA